UCAAAACUGAUACUCGAUCAUUGUGAAUCGCCAAAGAAGAAGCCGUUAGCGCAGUCGAGCUCUUCACAAGAGUUCAUCAAAAAUCUAUCACGAUAUAACAGUUACCCGUAUUAUUUAAAGGAUUUGCUCUUGACAACAGCUGGUCGGAAUGGCAUCAGACUGGAUUGGCAGUCUUGUUUCAGUCCACUGUGGAGCAACACUAGGAGUGUAUCAAGGAGAAGUAUCUUCAGUAGAUCAGACCAGCCAGACCAUCUCUCUCAGACAUCCCUUCCACAAUGGAGUCAAGUGCACUGUUCCUGAGGUCACUUUCAGUGCCAUGGACAUUAAAGAUCUCAAAAUCCUUGAGAUCCGUAAGAGCUUCGCUGAAGUCCCGAAGCAGAAUGGUCCAGACUCCAAUUCCACAUUGACGCCGCAUAGCGGACGCAAGGACAAGGGUGGUGGUGCCCUAGUCAACAGCGCUCCGGUGACGGUACCUAAUAAAACUGAACCCAAAUUGCAGGAAGGAGGGGUGUCUCCGGUGCCACACUACUCCAAGAGUUACGGUGAACGUCACAUGGACAUGGCUGGCCAAAGUAAAGGCUUUAGACGAAGACACAACUCCUGGUCAUCUAGUUGCAAAGGUCCAAAUCAGGCCACACCGAAAAAGAACGGCCUGAAGAACGGAGGUCAUAUGAAAAACAAAGACGAUGAAUGUUUUGGAGACGGUAUAGACGAUGUUCUCGAUGAGGACUUUGAUUUUGAGGGGAACCUGGCGCUGUUCGACAAGGCUGCGGUGUUCUCGCAGAUCGAUUCGUCAGAACGGCGAGGCAAUGGUGCGAGAUCUCGAGGGACACCUGGAGAGCAAACACCAUCACGAUACCGGCAUGACGAGAACAUCCUGGAGGCCAAACCUGUCGUCUACAGACAGAUCACAGUUCCACAGAAUGGAACGAAAGAGUAUAGCACUGACUCAGGGCUGGUGGUACCCAGCAUCUCUUUCGAGUUGCACAAGCGUUUGUUAGCUGCAGCAGAAAGUCACGGUCUCUCUCUGGAGCGCAGGCUUGAGAUGACGGGCGUUUGUGCGAGUCAGAUGGCCCUCACGUUACUUGGAGGCCCGAACAGACUUACUCCAAAGAAUGUGCAUCAACGGCCAACAGUGUCCCUGCUGUGUGGACCACAUGUCCAGGGCGCUCAGGGCAUCAGCUGUGGCCGUCACUUGGCCAACCAUGAAGUGGAGGUCAUCCUUUUCCUGCCAAAUUUUGUCAAGAUGUUGGAGGCCAUCACCAGUGAGCUUGCACUUUUCGGGAAGACGGGAGGCAAACUGGUUUCUAAUGUGAAAGACUUGCCUGAGACGCCAGUUGACCUGGUCAUUAACUGCCUGGACUCGCACGAAAACGGAUUCUUGAGGGACCAGCCCUGGUACAAGGCCGCCGCCGACUGGGCCAACCAGAACAGAGCCCCCGUCCUGAGCAUCGACCCUCCAGUAAGUGGACAGGCACAUGCCGUAGAAGCCAAAUGGUCACUUUUUCUGGGCCUCCCACUUCCUCUGUCCGAGGGCGCCGGCCGAGUCUACCUAUGUGACAUCGGCAUUCCCCGACAGGUAUUCCAAGAAGUGGGGAUCAAAUACCACUCCCCCUUUGGAUGUAAAUUCGUCAUCCCGCUGCACUCCGAAUAAGCCAUUGGCCUUCACGGUCAAGGCUCACUGAACCUGCCUUAAAGAUUUUAAGAAUGAACAGAUGUCGGUUUGAAUGUUGCAGCAGAACUGGAACUUCUCAGUCUCUUUUUUUCUCAAAUUCUUCUCUACUUCUGUGAUGAUUCCCAUCAAAGGGAAGUGAUGGAAAACGAUACCAGCUCUUAUGACAAACCUGAUAUGCUAAAAGUGGAACCAAUAUCAGUAUACUCACCACCGUCUGCUUCAUAUUCUUACAAUAAUCUUCCACACGGCCGCUUUAAUAUGCAAGGCGGAUCUUUUUAGAUGAAACAACUUUCAUAACCCAUUAAUAAAUUAUGCAGAUAUUCCACAAAAAA